AUGUGCGGUGAUAGACCGGAGCUUGAGGUCGACUCCUUGGAGAGCGACUCGGCCUACGGUGGUGAUAUGCUGAGCUAUGCCACAUCAAUUAGCAGCAGCGUCAAGCACUAUCGCAGCGAGUAUGGCCGCCGUUUUCAUGCGUACAAGGAUGGGUCAUAUAACUUUCCGAACGACGAAAAAGAGCAGGACCGGUUGGACAUGGUUCACCACCUGAACACGCUCGCGCUAGGCGGAAAGCUCCAUCUCUGCCCGUUGCCAAAGGCGCCGCAGCGUGUGCUCGACAUCGGAACAGGCACCGGGAUCUGGGCGAUUGAAGCGGGAGACACGUGGCCGUCGGCGGCGGUUUUCGGCAACGACCUCUCCCCGAUCCAGCCGCAAUGGCUGCCUCCGAAUGUGACGUUCGAGGUCGACGACGUCGAGGCGGAAUGGCCGGACCGGCCCAAGUUUGACUUUAUCCACUCGCGAUACAUGGCGGGCUCGUUGGGGGACUGGCCGCGAUUGAUGGGGCGCUGCUUCGAGAACCUGGAGCCGGGUGGAUGGGUCGAGUUUCAAGACUACGAAUACCGGUACUACUCGGACGACGGAAGCCUUCCCGAGGACAGCCGGCUGAAGAAGAUGAGCGAACUGAUGGUGGAGGGCUGCUCCAAGAUUGGCCGCGAUGUGUCGCCCGGCCCGUCGUUGCUGAAGUGGGUCAAGGACGCUGGGUUUGUAAAUAUUGGGCACCAGGUGGUCAAGUUGCCAAUGGGAGCGUGGCCAAAGGACCCGGUGUUGAAGCAGAUGGGCUCGUUCAAUCUGGUACAGACGGUGGAGGGCUUGGAGGCGUACGAUCUUGCCAUCUUCACCCGCAUCCUCGGUUGGACCAAGGAGGAGGUGGAUGUCUUCAACGCAGAGGUCAGGAAGGAGCUUGGGAAGAAGGGAAUACACGCGCUGAUCGAUUUCUGGAUCGUGUGGGGGCAGAAGCCGGGGGCGUAG